UCUUUUUAUCUCGAAGAUUUUGCCAUUGUGGCUCCAUAAUCCCCUCGCGUAUAAAUGGCAGUGAGUUUGAGUCUUGUUUCCUCAUUCAAAGGACUCUCCUUAUCUUCCAAUUCUCUCCUUGGGGUUUCUCUUCCCAUUGCCCCUAAGUUCUCCGUUUCCUUCCCGUUGAAAUCUCCAUUGACAAUUGAGUCUGCACACAAGAAAGGAGCUGGUAGCACUAAGAAUGGUCGAGAUUCUCCUGGACAGAGGCUUGGUGUCAAGAUUUAUGGUGACCAAGUCGCCAAGCCCGGUUCUAUAAUCGUUCGCCAGCGCGGUACAAAGUUCCACCCAGGAAAGAAUGUUGGACUUGGCAAAGAUCACACAAUAUUUUCUUUGAUUGAUGGACUAGUCAAAUUUGAAAAGUUUGGACCUGACAGGAAAAAGAUAAGUGUUUAUCCACGCGAGGUGCAACCUGAAAACCCCAACAGCUAUAGAAACCGAAAGAGAGAGUCCUUCAGAUUACAACGUGAACGUAGAAAGGCACGAAGAGAAGGUGUCAUCCCUGAGCCUCAGUUGAUAGUUGCUUCUGCUGCUGAAUCCUCUGAAGAUAAUCCCAUCACCACUUGCUGAUAAUGGUCUUUCGAUUUUUCAAACAUUCUGUUGUCGUUUUGGUUAUUGCUAGUAGCUACUUGGGAACACAUUUGCAGGCACAUUUUCUAAACUGUGUUUCUGCCAUUGUUGUCUUUUUUUGUUUGUAAAUUGUGUUACUGAAAGCAUGAGUCUUUGUCACAGUUUGUAUGAGUACAGAAUGAAAUGUAUGAUUCAGAAGAUGCAGCUUUGCACAAUAGCACAA